AUGGCUGGCAACCCCCAAUCUAUCUUGAAAUGGCUUAGCCUAUUCGCCAUGGUGCUGGGAGCAUUCAGUUCAUGGAUUCAAGCCCCGUGGGGUAAAUCAUAUGUGUCUGCCGUACGUGAAAGUCGUUACGGCGAUGCCGUAUGGGCGCGGUAUCAUAUGGAUGGUCGAGCUGUGGGCAACAUCAUCGAGGCAGGCAACACUACUGUGACAAAGGAGCUGCUUGACGAUGCCACGGGCUACAGGCUCGGCAAUCCGGAACUCUACAACCAAGUGGCCACCAGAUACAACACCACUAGCUCGAACGACGGACAUCGGGAACUUGUCGACAUUAUCAUCGGUGUUCUAGGUGAAGACCUCAAGGCUCUUGAAAAACGGGAUGUGACCUACACUAUCAAGUGCAGCAGCUCAAAUCUAGCCCCACGUAGUUCUUGCUACGAGUUGCUUCAGGACAUGAACCAGUACCAAACAGACCUUGUCUCAACGCGUACAAUUGACUACUAUGGUGGUUGCUGGUUCAGGGUCGGGCCUCAUGGCAGUGGGGCCGAUCUUACGUGGUAUAAGGCACAUGCGGUUGGAAAACUUAUUUACGAUGAUUGCCCACGAACCAAAGCUUGUUGUACAACCGUAUAUGUUUCGGGUUACUCCCCUAAGAACACGGGGCACCGCAAGCUGUGUUUGAGCUCAAAGUCCACUGGUUGCUAG